UGCCAUUGCCAUUGCCAUUGAGAGAUGUACAUAACAAUCAAAUAGGACCUCCACUCCACUGCAGCCAUCACAAAACAGAGUACAGACCAAAAACCCAUCGCCAUGGCCGAUCAAGGAGAAGUGAAGCUGCUGAAGACAUGGUCGAGCCUGUUCGGUCUGCGGGUCGUUUGGGCGCUGAAGCUCAAGGGCAUACCCUACGAAUCCGUCGAUGAAGACCUCACCAACAAGAGCGAUUUGCUUCUGCAGUACAACCCUGUCCACACGAAGGUCCCUGUCCUCAUUCACAACGGCAAGUCCAUCUGCGAGUCGCUCGUGAUUCUCGAGUACAUCGACGAGACUUGGAGCCAGAACCCGCCUAGGUUGCUGCCUCGGAUCCCAUCCAGCGCGCCUCAGCUCGCUUCUGGGCCAAAUUCAUGGACGAGAAGGUAGCGCUUCCAUCGAUGUGGCAAGCCUUCACAAAGGAAGGGAGGGAGCAAGAGGAAGGAGUGGCUUCGAUUGCAGAGAACCUCAAGUUGCUGGAGGCAGAGUUGGAAGGCAAGAAAUUCUUGGGCGGGGAAGAGAUCGGAAUUCCUGACUUCGCAUUGGGCUGGCUGGUCAACUUGGUGCCGGUCUUCGAAGAGAUCCUCGGCCUCAAAAUCGUGGACGAGGAACGUCAUCCGUCUUUGUCGGAAUGGAGUCGAAGGAUUUCGGAUAUCCCUGUGAUUGAAGAAAGCUGGCCGCCCCGUGACAAGCUCGUCACUAAAUGGGCGGCUAUUCGCGACCAUUUCCUUGCAACGGCGAGGGCGUCGUCUGGUUAAUGAAUGGGGAACUGGAAGUCUUGGAUGAUCGUCGGGAGGGACUGCUGCACUAUGGUUUGAAUCUAGGCUUUGCAUAAACAACACAUGCAUGUUGAUUCUAUCUAUUGGGGAAGAAGUAAACUUUAGGCUGGGGAUUCUGGGCUUUUUGUGGUUUCUUACACGAAAUACAGCGUGUCCCGUUUAAAUGUUAGAUGACUAGCACAUUUCAUAUGAAAAUUAGACAGACUUAUAACUCCGUCAUUUCAUCCUUUGAUACGA